AUGACUUCUUUUGUAUCCAACCUUGAAAAGAAUCAUUGCAAAAAACAAAGUGAUACGGUACACCAAAAGCAUUUAUUGAAAAGUUGUAAAGUUGUUCUGGAGGAUGUUUGUUCUCUUAGUGUUGCUGAAAAGCUUAAGACCACAGUUCCUGCUUCGGUUAAAAUCCACAAGGGUAAAUUGUGUCGCACAGAGAAAGCGCAACUUCAGAACUUGGAACAAAAAAAACCCAUCCUUUGGGGUAAGAUGAAUAACACACGUUGGAGCAAAUUGGACAGUCCUGUGCAUAGCAACUUAAAUACUUGUAAGCAUCCAUCUAUUACUGAGAAAGUAAAAACACUUAAAACCUUAAUUUAUGAAGAAGGUUCGAAAAUAUUUGGUUGUCAAUCUUCAAAACAAAACAAAAACCUCUCUAAUAUUAACAGGCGUACAAUUUGUUCUAUAAAUUUAGUGAAGGAGAAGAAUAUUAUUUUAGCGCAGAUUUCUUCGUCAUCCAUCGAGCAAGAAAUAUCUGCCUUGCGACAACUUUUACAUCAAUCUAUUUUGGACAACCACAAAUUAUGCAACUUGAGUGACGAUCUUCACGACUCUUCUCUGCCGGUUCUGCCAGGUCUUCCACCAACUCCGCAAAUCAAAAAACCUUUUUCAUCUUCAACCUUCAAAUUUUCUGACUUUGCAAGUGUUUUACAUAGACGUAGAAACGCUUCAGCCCCCGGGCUGAACGGCAUAUCGUACAAAGUGUACAAAAAGUGUACAAAUAUUUUAUCCUUCUUGUUUAAUUAUUCUGUCAAAGCGUCUGGAAACGCAUAUCAUCCACAACAACAAGUUAAUACUUCCAUUCAAAAAGGGUGCAUUGAGAAAGUUCCUGGCUGCUGGGAACACAUGUCAUCGAUUUGGACAGCCUUGAAAAAUGCACGCUCGGAAAAAGCUGACCUCGCCACCAUUUGGUUAGAUAUAGCAAGUGCGUAUCCAUCAAUUCCGCACAGAUUAAUCUUUUUUGCUCUGGAAAGAUAUGGCAUAUCCCCAAUAUAUACACUAGUCUCUUGCUACAUUACAUCAGCCAAAGUUUCCUUACCUCUGAUAAGAGCCUUCAUGGACGACAUUAACCUUAUGUCUUCUUCAGUUCCUGGCAGAAAGAUACUACUUGACAGGUGUGUCACAGAUCUUAGCUGGGCAAAAAUGGACUUCCGUGCAGAAAAAUCCCGCAGCUUCGUUAUCAUUAAGGGAAGGAUUAUCGACGGUUCCAUUUCUGACAGAAAGUCAAUCGACGAUCUGGAAGAAAAACUCAUUGAUGGACUGUCUGUUAUUGACAAGUCCCUGUACACAAGUCCCCAAAAACUUUGGAUCCUGCAACACCUUUUAAUUCCAAGAAUUCAAUGGCCACUUUUAAUAUAUGAAGUUUCCAUCUCAUCUCAACUGCUGCCCGCCUUGAACAAAUAG